CCAUCUCAACCUUUCUUUCAAGAUUUGAUAAGAUGGAACAGUUCAAAGAGAGGAAGUUUGUGUGCAAGUUCUGUAGCAAGAGGUUUGCUUGUGGGAAAUCACUUGGAGGUCACAUCAGAACUCACAUGAACAACGAGAACUCUGCUGAUUCUGAUGAUGAUGACUCUAAUAAGCUCAAGAUGAUUGAUGAAAAUGGUGGUCAAUCUAGUUACGGUCUCAGAGAGAAUCCUAAAAAGAACAAGAGGUUUGUGGAUCACAGACGGAUGAUGGCUCUGAAACAGCAACACCAGCAACUUCUUUGUUGCAGGGAAUGUGGUAAAGGUUUUGUAUCUUCUAAAGCUCUUUGUGGUCACAUGGCUUGUCACUCUGAGAGAGAGAAGAUUGUGAUGGACAGUCAAUCUGAUACUGAGGCUUCUUCCUCUCCUAUCAGAAGAAGAUCCAAGAGAGUUGUUGUGAAACACCACUACAAAGCUAAUUUUCUUGUUGGUGAUAAUGGUAUCAUGAAUCAAUCCAAUUCAGCUUAUUCUGAUGCUUCCGGGAUCGAGCCUGAGCAGCAGGAAAUGGCAAUGUCCCUGAUGCUGUUGUCCAUGGAUUCUAGUUUCAAGAAAGGACAUAACCUGGUGGUGAACUCUUUCGCUGAGUCAUCUGACAACAACUCUGUCAUUCUUGAGACUAAGUCAUCUUCAGGAGAACAGCUUAAGAUGUUCAAUGUGAACAAUGUUGAAGAGUUAUGUAAGAAGAACAAACUUAAUGUGGAUAACCAGGUGAGAUCUGGUGAAGAUAAUGGUGAUGUGCUUUAUGAUUCAGAUAAUUCUGAUUCUGGCUACUUCAGGAACGGACCAAAGAAGUUGGACUCAGAUUUUUCUGUUGAUGGGUUCCUCAGGAACACUGGAUUUGAUAACAGCAAGGCUGUAAUGGGAUCUGGAUCCGGAUUCAACAGCUCCCCAGCAAAACAGGAUAAGAACUGGAACAGAUUCAGGUAUAAGGAAGGAGGGUCAGGAUCAGGAUCAGGGUCAGGUCGUUCUUCUACAAAGUAUGAUCUGAGAAAAAGCAAACGAGGCUUUCCUUCUUAUGGUCGUAAGAAAAUCAAGUACGAGUUCACUGAAUCUGUCUAUGACAGUGGUGAGUAUAGCUUGGAAACUGAUUCUUGUGCGGACACAAACCGAACUAUCAAGAUUCAUAGUAAAUCCCCAAUGGUUAAGAAAGCAAGUACUGGUGCAAAGAAGAAAAGCAAAGGUCACGAGUGCCCAAUUUGCUUCAGGGUGUUUAAAUCAGGUCAGGCUUUAGGUGGUCACAAGAGAUCACAUUUCAUUGGGAAUCAAGAACACAGGACUUUGGUGAUUCAACACCAAGUAGCUCAUGAGAUGCAUACACUCAUCGAUCUCAAUCUUCCUGCUCCUAUCGAUGAAUGAUAAUCGAAACCAUUGAUCUUUUUUUUGUUCUCUUCAUUGUUUCCUAUCUGUUUAUUUAUUCUUUUGCUUCAGAUUCAAGAAUGCUUUUGGUAAGGUAAAUCAAAGUUUCAUAAUCAAUCAUACAAAGCCUUGGUGCUUUUGUGGCAGAGUUCAA